AUGUGCCUUCCCAUCCCACACCCUGUGGCCUCCCUACAGCUCACCUCUCUUGAGCACAGGACUGUUCACUUGCAGAUGGAUCCGGGUGAGCUGGGAGAGGAGGCAGCAGCAAGCAGUCAGAAGCCACCACGGGAUCCGGCUGCUUCUGAUGGCAGUGCAAUGGCUGGUGACGAACGAGAAGAAUGGCUGAACCUGACACUCGGUGGAAGAAGCUCUUCCAGCUCCCAGCCCAGACCUCCACCCAGCCACAGGAUGUUCUCAUGCAACUACUGCAUGAGGAAGUUCUUCAGCUCGCAGGCCUUGGGGGGGCAUCAGAAUGCCCACAAGAGGGAGAGGUGCGCAGCUCGGAGGUCUAACACGCCACAAAGGAUGAUGAUGAUGAUGAUGGCGGCUUCCCCCCUGCAUGUACCCUUUCUCCACUCCCUUAAUGUUGUUCGUCCACAUUCCAUGGUUCACGAGCGAUUCCGCGAGCCAGAGGCGGCCAGCUUUGAUCACACCAAGGCGACGUGGUCGCCGUUCGUAGUCGACGAAGCUUCGCGUUCGAGCUGGACCGAGAGCUUCCAAAUGGAGUCUGAGCCUCCACAGCAACAAAAGCUUGACCUGAGCCUCAGGCUUUAG